AUGACUACACUCAAUAUCAAAGAAACGGACAUCCCAAGUUUGGAAGGGCAGACUGCAAUUGUCACGGGUGGUUCGUCUGGAAUUGGAUUGGCCACUGCAAAGAUCCUGGCAUCUCGAGGAGCUGGCGUAGUGAUUCUUGAUGUCUGCCAGCCCACAGAGACACUGCCAUCAUCUGUACAAUUUCGCAAAUGCGACAUCAGGCGCUGGCUUGAGCUUUCCGAUGCGUUCUCUCAGAUAGGACGAGUCCAUAUCGCCAUUGCAAAUGCGGGAGUAGAUGAAGACGGAACAUAUCUGAACGAUGCGUACAACGACAAUGGCGACCUGCUCGAACCAAAUUACGAUGUGGUUGAUGUAAACUUCCGAGGCACUCUGAAUUUUGUAAAACUUGCACUUCACAGCAUGAAAAGAAACGGCGUACAGGGAAGCAUUGUGCUGACAUCAAGCGCCACUGCUUACUCCCCGGAACAGUCACUCCCUGUAUACAGUGGGACAAAGGCUGCACUGAUCAAUUACCUGCGUGCGAUGCGCUCGAAUUUACGAGACACUGAUAUUACGAUCAAUGCUGUCGCGCCAGCCGCAACUAUCACCGGACUAUUGCCGGCGAAGCUUGCUGCUCCAAUAAUGACUGCUGGCUUGCCAGUGAGCUCUGCGCAUUUCGUGGGGCUCGCAGUGGUGUACUCCGCUGUUGCCACGGAAGCCAAGAAGGUUCAAACAUAUGGAAAGGAUACUGCCGAGUGGAGAGAAACGAGUGGCCGUUGGAACGGCAGAGUCAUUCUUACGUUGGGUGAGAGGUACACCGAGUUGGAGGAACCUUUGGCGAAUUGUCGUAAUACAUGGAUUGGUGCGACAAACUUGCAAGAGACUAGGUUGCAGCAAGCUGCAACAGAUUUUAGAAGCUGUCUGUAA